AUGGGUGUCCCAGCCCUCUUCCGAUGGCUCUCCUCCAAGUAUCCCAAGAUCGUUUCCGCCGUCGUUGAAGAACAGCCCGGGGAGAUAGACGGCCAGGAAAUUCCGGUAGAUACGACCAAGCCAAAUCCAAAUGGCGAAGAAAUGGAUAAUCUCUACCUGGACAUGAAUGGUAUUGUCCAUCCAUGCACGCAUCCGGAGGGCAAACCUCCACCAGCGAACGAGGGCGAGAUGAUGCUGGAGAUCUUCAAAUACACAGACAGAGUGGUUAAUAUGGUCAGGCCAAGGAAGCUGUUGAUGAUCGCUGUCGAUGGCGUCGCUCCCCGUGCGAAAAUGAACCAGCAACGCUCCCGUCGAUUCAGAUCUGCACAGGAUGCGAAAGCAGAAGACGAGAAGAAGGAAGAGUUUGCCAAGUUGCUUAAGAAGCAAAACCGGGGUAAAGGGGACAUGGUAAUUUCGGAGGAAGUGAUCACAAAAACUUGGGAUACCAAUGUUAUCACGCCUGGUACACCAUUUAUGGACAUACUUGCCAUGGCAUUGCGCUAUUGGGUUGCGUAUAAACUUAGCACGGAUCCAGGUUGGGAGAAGAUGAAAGUUAUUAUCUCCGAUGCGACUGUUCCAGGUGAAGGAGAGCAUAAAAUUAUGGAGUUCAUUCGUUCACAGCGUUCUUGCCCAGAGUACGACCCGAAUACGCGACACGUAAUAUAUGGAUUGGAUGCCGAUUUGAUCAUGUUGGGAUUAGGCACUCAUGAGCCACACUUCCGUGUUUUGCGAGAGGAUGUCUUCUUCCAGGAAUCCAAGGCUAGAACGUGCAAAUUGUGUGGGCAAGCUGGUCAUAUGGCGGAAGCUUGUACGGGGAAAGCAAAGGAGAAACGAGGGGAAUUUGACGAGAAACAAAAGGGAAGCCCCCUGAAACCGUUUAUUUGGCUUCAUGUUUCGGUACUUCGUGAAUAUCUGGCUGUAGAAAUGCAGGUCCCUCAACAACCAUUUCCAUUCGACCUUGAGAGAGCUUUGGAUGACUGGGUCUUCAUGUGCUUUUUCGUUGGUAACGAUUUCUUACCCCAUCUCCCAUCUUUGGAAAUUCGAGAAAAUGGCAUAGACACCCUUAUUGCAAUUUGGCGCGAUAACAUCCCCCAAAUGGGCGGCUACCUGACAAAAGAUGGCCGUGUCGACUUGGGAAGGGCCCAAUUGAUUUUACAGGGCCUAGCAAAGCAAGAGGAUGCUAUAUUUCGCCGUCGGCGACAGACUGAAGAGCGAAGGAAUGCCAAUGCCAAAAGACGCCAGGCUGAAGACCGCCAGCGCAACAGCAACAACAAUGAUCACGCACGCAAGAGGCGAAGAGGCUCCCACGGCGCCGAGCCUGCACCGGACAUACCUCUUGUCGUGCCAGGCAAAGGUGGGCUAACCAGGGCAGAUAGAGAGUUGACACAUUCCAUGGUGGUUAAUCGUGGUGCUGUCUAUAAGGCGAACAUGGCAAACAAAAGUGCUGCCGCUGCUCUUAAAGCCCAGCUUUUGUCCGGCGGAGCUGCAGAGGAAAAUGCGGAAGAGGAGGAAGCUGCUGAACCGGCGCCUUCAGGUGCAUCCGGCUCUGCUCUCGGAAAGCGGAAAUCAGAUGUGUUUGAGAACUCGAAUGCAGAGACUGAAACAGAUGCAACAAGCGCGGCCCCAGAAAAGCCAAAGGAGGAUGAAAUGCCUCCAGACACCGUACGGCUUUGGGAAGACGGUUAUGCAGACCGAUACUAUGAACAGAAAUUCAAGGUAGAUCCCAAGGAUAUUGCUUUCCGCCACAAGGUAGCGCGGGCAUACGUCGAAGGCCUGAGCUGGGUUCUUCUGUAUUAUUUCCAAGGUUGUCCAUCCUGGACAUGGUAUUAUCCUUACCACUACGCGCCCUUCGCUGCGGAUUUCGUUGAUCUCGGCGAAAUGGAUGUACAAUUUACCAAGGGAUCACCCUUCAAGCCAUUCGAACAGUUGAUGGGUGUCUUGCCAGCAGCUUCGAACCAUGCCAUUCCUGAGGUAUUCCGAGACCUGAUGUCAGAUGAGAACAGCGAGAUUAUCGACUUCUAUCCAGAGGAUUUCCCCGUGGACCUAAAUGGGAAGAAGUUUGCAUGGCAGGGAGUUGCUCUGCUACCAUUUAUCGAUGAGGCACGGUUGCUGGGAGCCAUGGGCAAGCGAUAUCCCUUCCUAUCGGAAGAAGAGCAAGCCCGUAACGCCAUGGGGAAGGAUGCUCUACUCCUGUCUGAGAGACACCCGCUUUAUGAAUCACUGACAGCCAAUUUCUAUUCCAAGAAACAAGGCACGACCAAACUCAAGCUGAAUAUGCGUAUCAGCGAAGGUUUAGGUGGGAAGGUCGAGAAGGAUGAAUCAUAUCUACCUCACAGCUCUCUGUCUCUAUCGGUAACUGGCGCUGAAAUUCCCACGCUCGACGAAGAUCGGUCUAUAAGUGUUUACUAUGAGAUGCCCAAGUCAAUGCACGCCCAUAAAUCGAUGCUGCUACGGGGCGUCAAGUUUAACGAUCCGGUCCUCGAUAAUUCAGACUUGGAAAUUACCAGGAACAAAGCACGACACUCUGGAAGAUCCUUCGGCGGCGCGCCUUUCCAAUCCAACCGCGGCGGCAGAGGGAGAGGAGGUGGAAGAGGAGGCCAGAUAUCGUAUGCCAGCAACGACCGUCCCAAUCCAUUUGCAGCUCACCUGCCUCCGGGGUAUGUUCCACCACCGCAUAUGGGAGGAGGAGCAGCGCCUGGAUGGAACCCACCACCGCCAGGCACCCAUGGGGCGUAUAAUGGCCCGCCACAGCCUGGUCCUGACCGAUAUCGAUCUCAGGGAGGCCAUCAAGGCCACUCUCAACGGGGCGGAUAUGGCGGUGGAUACGGAGGCCAUCACCAGCAGCCACCGCAGAACUGGGGCCAGCAGCACAACGCGCCAGGGUACAACAACGGUCCUCGCAAUUCGUACCAGGACAGACAGCAUGGCUACCAGGGCGGCGGCGGAUACGGGCGUGGAGGAUCCCAUGAUGGCAGGGGUGGCUAUAACUCGAGGGGAUCUGGGCGUGGUCGCGGUCGCGGCGACGGUCGCUACAUUGACUCAUCUCGCUAUAAUUCUACUGUCAAGGCCGUUGAAGAGAGCGUUGCCCCUCCCCUGUCAAUAGCUCCCCACUUCAGCUUCACGAUGAAGCCGACAACGAUUCAGAUCCUGGGUCGCGACAGCAUAAUCGCGGACUUUGGAAUAUGGCGGCGCCAUGUAGCCAAAGACCUCCUUGAAACCCUUUCGUCUUCGACUUACAUCCUUAUUUCUGAUACGAAUAUCGCUCCUCUCUACGUACCGGACUUUCAGAGAGCGUUUGAAGAUGCCGCGGCCGAGAAGUCACCCAAGCCUCGACUCCUCACAUAUAAGAUCCCGCCAGGGGAAUCCUCAAAGGGCCGUCAGACUAAAGCAGAGAUUGAGGAUUGGAUGCUGAGCUGUCAACCGCCAUGCGGUCGAGAUACAGUACUGAUCGCUCUUGGUGGUGGGGUUAUCGGAGAUUUGGCUGGAUUCGUUGCUGCCACGUACAUGCGCGGUAUCCGGUUUGUACAGGUGCCUACGACGCUGUUGGCUAUGGUCGACUCCUCAAUUGGAGGUAAAACUGCAAUUGAUACGCCGAAUGGAAAGAAUCUGGUAGGCGCCAUUUGGCAGCCUCAGAAAAUCUACUUGGAUAUGGAAUUUCUGAACACGCUACCACAGCGAGAGUUUACCAAUGGAAUGGCAGAAGUUAUCAAGACGGCUGCGAUUUCGAGCGAAGCAACAUUUGCAGAGUUGGAAGAGAAUGCAGACGCUAUAGCCGCAGCCCUGAAAACAGAAAACACCCCUGAGCGCUCACGAUUCAGUGGCAUCCAGGAAAUUCUCAAGAAAACCAUCCUAGCCUCCGCCGAAUUCAAGGCAGACGUAGUAUCCAAGGAUGAGAGGGAAGGCGGGCUACGAAAUCUUCUUAACUUUGGUCAUUCUAUCGGCCAUGCCAUCGAAGCCAUACUCGCCCCACAAAUUCUCCAUGGUGAAUGCGUUGCCAUUGGAAUGAUCAAGGAAGUGGAGCUUGCACGCUAUCUUGGAAUACUUAAAGGUGCCGCUGUGGCCCGUCUUGCCAAAUGCCUGACUAGAUAUGGACUGCCUACGUCCCUCAAGGAUGCACGAAUUAGGCGGCUGAGCGCUGGAAAGAAAUGUCCUGUGGACAAGCUUAUCGCAUUUAUGGCUGUGGAUAAGAAAAACGAUGGGCCGAUGAAGAAAGUUGUCCUUCUCUCUGCCAUCGGUCGCACACAUGAACAAAAGGCAAGCUCCGUUUCAAAUGAAGAACUCAAGGUUGUACUCGCGCCUAGCAUUGAAGUCUUCCCUGGCGUUCCAAAAUCACUCAAGGUUACCUGCACUCCGCCAGGAUCGAAGAGUAUAUCGAAUCGAGCCCUUGUUCUCGCCGCACUUGGCUCUGGAACGUGCCGCAUCAGGAACCUUUUACAUUCUGAUGAUACGGAAGUUAUGCUCAACGCUUUAGAGGCAUUGGGAGCCGCCACCUUCGCCUGGGAGGAAGAGGGUGAAGUACUUGUCGUUAAUGGCAAAGGUGGUAAGCUAGAAGCCAGUCCACAUGAGCUAUACUUAGGCAAUGCGGGAACUGCUUCAAGGUUCUUAACUACUGUUGCGACCCUUUCCAACAAAAGGGGGGAUGUUACUCACAACGUCUUGACUGGCAAUGCUAGAAUGAAGCAACGACCAAUUGGCGAUUUGGUGGAUGCUCUUAAAACUAACGGAGUACCCGUGGAAUACGUUGAGCAACAAGGAAGUCUCCCCCUCAAGAUCUCCGCAUGCGGUGGACUUAAAGGCGGGGAGAUCAAACUUGCUGCUAAAGUAUCAUCGCAGUAUGUCUCCUCCUUGCUAAUGUGCGCGCCAUACGCAAAAGAAAAGGUUACUCUCAAACUUGUUGGCGGAAAGCCGAUUUCCGAGUCCUAUAUUGUUAUGACUGCCGCCAUGAUGAAAUCCUUUGGAAUCCAGGUGGAGAAGUCCGCAACUGAGGAGUACACCUACCACAUUCAACAAGGCCGGUAUAAAAACCCACCAGAAUAUGUUAUUGAAAGUGAUGCCAGCUCCGCAACAUACCCCCUAGCAAUCGCCGCCAUGUCCGGAACUACUUGUACUAUUCCCAAUAUCGGAUCGAAAUCACUUCAAGGUGAUGCUCGGUUUGCAGUUGACGUAUUGCGCCCCAUGGGUUGUGAUGUUAAACAGACAGAUUCUUCUACCACCGUUACCGGUCCGGCCAAUGGUGCCCUGAAACCCUUGCCCAACGUUGACAUGGAACCAAUGACUGACGCUUUCCUGACGGCCUCCGUCCUUGCGGCUGUUGCCACAGAGAAGGCCAGCAACACCACGCGUAUCUACGGCAUCGCAAACCAGCGAGUGAAGGAGUGCAAUCGAAUCAAGGCUAUGAAGGAUGAGUUAGCUAAAUUCGGAGUUACUUGUCGAGAACAUGACGACGGAAUUGAAAUUGAUGGCAUCGACCGCUCAGAUCUAAAGAUCCCAAUCAACGGGGUCCAUUGCUAUGAUGACCAUCGUGUGGCUAUGAGCUUUAGCGUACUCGCCGCAGCCGCAGCGACUCAACCAACGUUGAUUCUAGAGAAGGAAUGUGUCGGGAAAACUUGGCCGGCAUGGUGGGAUGUCCUGGCCCAGACAUUCAAAGUGAAGCUUGAUGGCAAAGAGCUAGCCAAAGGCAAUGUCGUUGAUAACCGCAAGUCAGCAAAAUCUGCCGCAUCUAUUUUCAUCAUCGGUAUGCGCGGAGCAGGGAAAACAACCAGUGGAUAUUGUGUUUCGAAGGCUCUCAACCGGCCAUUUAUUGAUCUCGACACCGAGCUAGAAACUGUUGAAGGCAUGCCAAUUCCAGAUAUCAUUAAGAAAAAAGGAUGGGAAGGUUUCCGAGAUGCUGAACUAGCCCUGCUCAAACGCAUGAUCGCUGAGAAGCCCGUUGGAUACAUAUUUGCUUGUGGUGGUGGGAUUGUAGAGACAAAGGAAGCCCGCGAUCUUCUUAUCAAUUACCAUCAGACCAAGGGAAAUGUCUUCCUUGUCAUGCGCAACAUCAAAAAGGUGAUCGAGUUCCUUGAGGUGGAUAAGACACGACCAGCGUAUGUUGAGGAUAUGAUGGGCGUAUGGCUACGCCGAGAGCCAUGGUACCAAGAAUGCAGCAACCUUCAAUACUAUAGCCAUCACUCCGAUAGGAGCGAGCUAGACGCAGCACUACAAGGCUUUACAAGAUUCUUGAACGUUGUUAUGGGGAAUACUGAUCACCUUACACGACUGAAGAAGAAGGAUCAUUCAUUCUUCGUAUCGUUAACACUUCAAGAUCUCCAACCUUGCGCCGAUAUUCUCAGAACAGCUACUUUCGGAUCUGAUGCUGUUGAAUUAAGGGUUGAUUUGCUCAAGGACCCAUCGUCUACUUCAGGGGUUCCCUCAAUUAAUUAUGUCGCCGAACAGAUGUCUUUCCUACGCUGUCAUGUUUCUCUGCCACUUAUCUUCACUAUUCGUACCAAAUCACAGGGUGGACAGUUUCCAGAUGACGCCUUUGAUAGUGCAUUGGAACUCUACAAGCUUGCAAUUCGCAUGGGAUCCGAAUUUGUUGACCUCGAGAUCUCGUUCCCUGAGGAUUUACUGCGAGCAGUAACCGAGAUGAAGGGCUUCUCCAAGAUUAUUGCCUCCCAUCAUGAUGUCAAUGGCCAUCUCUCAUGGUCCAACGGCUCAUGGAUUCAAUACUACAACAAGGCGCUACAGCACGGUGAUGUUAUAAAGCUUAUUGGUGUUGCCAAAACCCUCGAGGACAACAUGGCUCUCAAGGAGUUUAAAUCCUGGGCGGAGAAAGCCUAUCCAAUCCCAAUUAUUGCUAUUAACAUGGGAAAUAAGGGUCGUCUUAGCCGGAUAUUGAAUGGCUUUAUGACUCCCGUCUCACAUCCAGACCUGCCUUUCAAAGCCGCUCCCGGACAAAUCUCGGCGAAGGAUAUUCGACAAGCCCUCACCCUCAUGGGUGAGAUUGAUUCUAAGAAAUUUGCCCUUUUCGGCAAGCCUAUCUCUGCUUCACGAUCUCCAGCUUUGCACAACGCUCUUUUCGCGCAGUCUGGCUUUCCACACGAAUACGGCCUAUUGGAAACUGACAAGGUGGAAGAUGUUGAAAUAUUCAUCCGCUCGGACGAAUUUGGAGGCGCCUCAGUGACUAUUCCCCUGAAGGAACAUAUAAUGGCCUUACUCGACGAGAUUUCCCCCGAAGCGAAAAUCAUCGGUGCUGUUAACACAAUUGUGCCUGUUACUCCUUCCGAUGAAGGUGACAAUAGGAAGUCCCCCCUGCUAGUUGGAUACAACACCGACUGGCAAGGCAUGGCACGCUGCUUGAAAGACGCUGGAGCAGCCUUCUCUAAGGAUGAAGUGUCUGCGCUGGUCAUCGGAAGUGGCGGCACCGCACGAGCAGCUAUCUAUUCCCUCCAUAGCAUGGGAUACUCUCCCAUUUAUCUUGUCGGGCGAACUCCAUCGAAUCUGUCAAAGUUAGCCUCCAGCUUCCCAGCUGAGUAUAACAUCCAUGUUGUUGAAGAUAUGAAAUCCGUACAGGAUUCCCCCAAGGUGGCCAUCAGCACUAUACCAGGAGAUCAAGAAAUCGAAACUUCUUUGCAAGGAUUGAUCAACUCGAUCAUGAAGAAGAGUACAGAUAGCGCCGAGGAGUGCGUUUUGCUAGAUAUGGCUUAUAAGCCGGACGUCACGGCUAUCGCGAAACUAGCAUCGCCUGCGGGCUGGAAAAUUGUUAAGGGGCUGGAAGUCCUAGUUGCUCAGGGUGUCUAUCAAUUUGAGCAUUGGACUGGCCUGACGCCAAUUUAUGAAGACGCACGGGCUGCCGUUAUGAACAGUUAA